AUGGAAAACCUAAUUAGGAGUGUGAUUCAAUCCACUCAAAGAAUUCAAGUUCCUGUUGAACCUGAUAUUCAAGAUGCAACAAUGGAGGACUUUCUCAACAAUUGCAUCGAAAACAAUGCUUUGGCACAGUACGUGAAGAAGAGGAGGCAAUGGAAGCUGAAGAACAACAUAUUAUUUUUGAUUCUGAAGUUAUGUAAAUGUGUUGGUUUGCCUGAAGUAUUGGUGUUUGAAAAAGUUACAGAUAUCAAAGUUAAAGUUGAGGUUUUCAGAGUAAAAGUUGAGUAUGUAAAAUUAAUUGCAAUAACAGAACCGGAUCAAGAUAUUGUUGGAACACUGAUGGGAUACACUGCCGAAACAGUGGAGGAACUUCUAGGUUUCUACGAAAAACAUGCUAGUGAGGUUGGAUUUUCCAUAAGGAAAGGAAACACGAGAUUCAAAGUUGGGACAAGAAUCGUGCUUGAAAAGACAUAUGUUUGUUCAGCAGCAGGAGUAACAAACAAUGGAAAGAACAAAAAGAAAAAAGUGCAAACAGUUGUUCCUGUAGUGCCCAAAAAAGAGAGAAAACCAAGGCAAGUUUCGAUCACGAGAACUCAAUGUAGGGCUUGCUUGAGAGUGAAAAUGAAUUCUGAAGGCAGAUAUGAGGUUGUUAAUCACGUGAUAAUACACAACCAUGAUUUAACUAGAAGUCAAUGGCACUACUUGCAUAGAUCUGAAAGGCAAAUAACGGAAGAGAAGAGGGAGGCAAUUGAAACUAUGCAAAAAUCUGGUACUCAUGCAACAACAACAAGUGAUACAAGUGUACAACAAGCAACAAGUUCUGAACCUGCAACAAACACAGCAACUGAACCUCCUAUGGUGUUGGAUCCUGAACGUUGCACAACAAAAGGAAGGAACAAAAGACCACGAGGACCGUUUGUCAAAAAGAAGAAGGGAAAAACUGCAGCGCCUCCAACAGCAGACUUUGGAACAAUAACUCCAAAUUUGAGAUUAUUUUGA